ACUGUUUAUAUUUUAAACCUUGGCGUUUCCUUUUGCACCUCUAAGAAAAACAAAUUUGGGGGGUAGUUUUAAUUUGCUACCCCUCCCCUACGUGGCCAAACGGAAUGCAUACAUGAGAAUGUGUUUUCCUAAAAGAGUUACUACACAUGUUUCUAUUUUUCUAAUCUAGUGCGUGUUUGGAAACAGAUCACGGGUGUGAUUUUUUCACGUCAAAGUGAACUUUACUAGUUCCUUUUGCGUUUUUUCACAUCACAAACGUGAUUUUUACGUGUAAAACGUAGUGUUUCCAAACACGCCAUUAGUUCUCUUGGUGAAGUUAAGCAAUUGGUGAACUUUUCUGGAAUUUUCUGAAGGCUGGGAAGAAGCAGGAGAACAUUUGGGCUCAAGUCUAUCUUAACGUGCAACCCAGGGAGAGCAUUUGAAUUGACACUGGGGGUGAUGAAAUACGUGUCUGAACAUUGGGACCACCUUCUCUGAAGCCAUUUUGAUCUUAAAUGCGUUUUUUGGUGGCUUCUUGAGGAGAUUAAAGGACUCAGGUGAAAGAGUAACGUAUCUAUUGUGUUGCUAAUAAGCACUGAAAUUGCUGGUGGUGUGUUUUUUUUCAAAGGUAAGCAGAUCCUUGAGAGAGAAAGGUUCCUUGCUUAGAAAACCGGGGUGCUUAAUUUGUGUUUGAGGGUUUGUGCUUGAAAAUGGAGAAAAGAGGGAAUGUGUUGAUGGAGAAGUAUGAGUUUGGGAAGCUAUUAGGUCAAGGAAACUUUGCGAAGGUUUACCAUGCAAGGGACGUCAGAACUGGUGAGAGUGUUGCCGUUAAGGUGAUUGACAAGGAGAAAGUUCUAAAAAUUGGGCUGGUGGAUCAAACGAAGCGAGAGAUAUCGAUUAUGAGACUGGUUAAACACCCCAAUGUUUUGCAGCUUUAUGAGGUCUUGGCCACCAAGACCAAGAUUUACUUCAUCAUAGAAUAUGCCAAAGGGGGUGAACUUUUCAACAAGGUAGCUAAAGGUAGACUCACUGAGGACAAGGCAAAGAAGUACUUUCAACAAUUGGUCAGUGCUGUUGAUUUUUGCCACAGCAGGGGUGUUUAUCACAGAGAUUUGAAGCCAGAGAACUUGCUUUUGGAUGAGAAUGGAGUUCUCAAGGUUGCGGAUUUUGGAUUGAGUGCACUUGUUGAAUCUCACCGGCAAAAAGACAUGCUGCAUACAAUUUGUGGAACUCCUGCAUAUGUGGCUCCUGAGGUUAUAAGUAGAAGGGGCUAUGAUGGAGCAAAAGCUGAUGUAUGGUCUUGUGGAGUGAUCUUAUUUGUUCUUUUGGCUGGUCAUUUGCCAUUCUAUGAUUUGAAUCUUAUGUCACUGUAUAAGAAAAUAGGCAAGGCGGAAUACAAAUGUCCAAACUGGUUUCCAUUUGAAGUGCGCAGACUGUUAGCGAAAAUCCUUGACCCCAACCCAAAUACCAGGAUAUCCAUGGCAAAAGUUAUGGAAAAUUCGUGGUUCAGAAAAGGAUUCAAACCUAAAUCUGGUCAAGUGAAAAGAGAGGCUGUUGAUGUGGCUUUAGUUGUUUCUGAUCAAAUUUUUGGCUUGUGUGAGAAUACAAGUGCUGCUGUUGUUGAGGCAGAGCAAGCAGUGGUUAAACCUGCACAUUUUAAUGCUUUCAAUAUAAUUUCUCUGUCUGCUGGGCUUGACUUGUCUGGCCUCUUUGCUGGCAAUGUUGAACUGGAUGAUACCAAAUUUACAUUUAUGAGCUCUGCCUCAUCAAUCAUGUCUACCAUGGAGGAUAUUGCUCGCACUUUGAGGAUGGAGAUAAUUAAGAAGGAUGGAGGGUUGCUGAAAUUGGAGAGAUCCAAGGAGGGUAGAAAAGGACCACUUUCCAUUGAUGCUGAAAUAUUUGAGGUCGCCCCAUCUUUCCAUUUGGUUGAGCUGAAGAAGUCCAGCGGUGAUACAUUAGAAUACCAGAAGAUAUUGGAGGACUUAAGACCAGCUCUCAAAGAUAUUGUCGGUGUUUGGCAAGGUGAGCAGCAUGCAGUAGCAAGGUUGUGUACUCCUUAAAAGAUUCAUUGAUUUUUCAAGUUAUGAAUUAAUUACAGUUGAGUUACUAUGGUAAUUGACUUGUUGAUAUUUAUACUAUGUUAUACAUGGUUUUGGUUGAGAAUGCCGGCUGAAUUUUGAGAUGUCAUUACUUUAUACCAUUGCUAGAAAUAGUUCUUUUGUUUUUUAUGCCAAUAUGUAAAUUCGAAAUCAAAAUCUGUAAUGUUUUCCAAAGGUUCUGGUUCUUCAUCAUGCAACUACUGUAAGAAAACCUAUAGAUACAGCGCUGACGUUCAGUCUUAGUGGUAAUAAAAAAAAAAAGGAAAAGUUCGGCUGAAGCUUAUUCGGUUGUUGUGUGAUCAAGGUUGUUCGUUGGUGUCAUACAUAAUAUAUUGAUAUAUAUUCUUCAA